UGGCGCCUGACGAGUGACGAUUCCGCCGCAAUCCGCAUUUUUAUUUAACAUAUUUUUCUGCUAAUGUUAGUUUAAAUGGUGUACAUGUUAAAUAAAAAUAUUAGAAACGGACUUUGUGUGUAGACAUUAAAAAUAUUUUUUAUUACUGUAUUGUAAAUCGAACAAGAUUCGUUAAAAUAAUUAAUUAGGGCUAAGGGAAGAUUUACAAUCAUACAUGAAAAUUGAGCAUUGAGUCUUGUGGAUUGUCAUGCAAAAGCAAUUAUCCCUGUGUUGUUGUACCUGGAAAUGUCUGUGCAUUAUAAAUUUAAAAGUGCUUUGGAUUAUGAUACAGUCACAUUCGAUGGCUUACAUAUUUCUAUAGGGGAUUUGAAAGCAGCGAUAUCUCAACAGAAGCGCAUCGGUAAAACCUCAGACUUCGAUCUUCAAAUAACCAAUGCACAAACAAAAGAAGUAUAUGUUGAUGACAACACUUUGAUACCAAAAAAUACAUCACUACUGGUUGCUAGAAUACCACUUUCGCAGCAACCCAAGAAACAGUGGGAAGGUUCAAAAACUGACCAGUCAUCAAUUCAUAAAGAUGUUGCCCUCAAAGGUGUGGCUGAUCUUUCACGCAUGGAAGGAAGUGAGCAGGAUAAAAUUAAUGCUAUGAUAUCUCAGUCAACAUUUGAUUAUGAUCCAAGCAAUUAUCAAAAACUCAAAGGACAAAAUCAAAGAGGAGUUGUGCCUAGUAGUUAUGUAUGUUAUAAAUGUCAAAAACGAGGUCACUGGAUAAAAGAUUGUCCAGUUGCAAAUUCGGUAAAUGGUGAACCUGUAGAAAUAAGAAGAAGCACGGGGAUUCCUCGUAGUUUUAUGGUGCCAGUUGAUGGCCCAAAAGCACCUGGAGCCAUGAUGACCCCAAGUGGAACUUUUGCUGUACCAGCAGUUGAUCAUGAGGCGUACCUGGCAUCGGAAAGUGCGGUGGGUGCAGACACACCAGCAAAUGCACCAGCUGCUCCGGAACCUACCAUUCCUGAUGAGCUCAUUUGUAGCUUGUGUAGGGACCUCCUUACUGACGCUGUCAUGAUACCAUGCUGCGGAAACUCUUUUUGUGAUGAAUGUAUAAGGGGUGCUCUACUAGAAUCUGAGGAUCAUGAGUGUCCUGAUUGUCGGGAGAAAGAGAUUGCCCCUACAACAUUAAUUCCCAAUAGGUUUUUGAGAAACUCUGUGUCGUCAUUCCGCAAUCAGACUGGUUACAGUCGGCGAGCGCCGCAUCGGCCGUCCGCCCCGCCACCGGCACCAGAACCAGUCCAACCUAACGGACCAAUGCAGCCUCCUGCAAAUAAUGAUGCGGUAGGCAGGGAGGCGCGGGGCCGGCACGACGACUCGGAUGACGACAAUAUCACGGUGACGGUGCCCCCUGCUCACGCGCAGGGCCUCGCGCCGGGGGCCCCGCACGGAGGUCAUGUUGGGCCCCCGCACGGCCACGCCCACCGGCCCCGCCCCCGCGACUCGCACAGACCGCGCUACGGUGGCCCCCCGCCGUCUCUAAAGCCGCCUGGAGUAGACGGCCCACCGGGGCAUUUACCAAGAUUAGACGAGCAACGCGCCAGUACACCAACCGUUGAUGAAAGAAGGGACCCCUUGUCUUCUCAGUUGUACCGCGGCCCCCCGCAGUUCGCGCCCGGACUACCACCACCAGGACAUCGGUUCAACGAUAGCGCCCCGUACACCCGCCCCCCGCCGUUUGACCGCUACGCCCGCUCACAGCCGCCGCCACCCGGGAUCAAGGAUUCCCCUAAUGGGCACGAGGAUCCGUUGGAGGCGUUCAACCGGAUGAUACGCGAAAAAGAGAUGCGCGCCAAGCGCCGCGAGGAGGAGAGACGGCGGGCUCACUCCGGCUCCCCUCGUUCGCCGCGCUCGCCGCGUUCACGAACGCGUUCGCCCCGUUCGCCGCGCUCGCCCCGCUCCCAGCGCUCGCCUCGCUCGCAACGUUCGCCGCGAUCGCCCCGCUCGCCGCGUCGCCCGCGCAGCCGCCCCGCCAGUCGCCUAAGAUACUCUAGAUCGCGGUCAAUUUCGCGCGGUCGCAUCCGCCGAUCGCCGUGGUCGCCGCGACGUCGGCGCACACGCGAGAGAACGUUGUCUUUGACACGGUCCCCAUCACCACGGCGCCGGCACCGCUCGCCGAUGCGGUACCGCUCGCCGCUGCGCUCGCCGCCGCGCUCGCUGCCGCGGUCGCCGGUCCGCUCGCCGCGCCCGCUCGCGCCGCUGUCCCCGCCCCGCUCGCCGCGUCGCUCCGCCGUGCGCUCGCCGCCCAGAUCAUCACCACACAGAUUUGUCGGCGUGUACGACGAACUAUUGUCGCCACCGCGUCGUAGUGUAGAGCCGCCGUUUGGAGCCAGAUAUGGGCCAAGGAAUGGUCCGCCGCCGGGAUACCCACCAGUUGCAGGUAAACCGAUGCCGUUGAUGGCUAUACCCAUUCAAAAUGAUCCCGCGGGAUAUAGAGGUCGCUACGACGCACCGCCAUUUGAGGAUCAUCCUCCCGGCGUUGAACCGGCAGUGCCUGGGUUUGAACCGUCGCCUUUUGAAAAACCACCAUUUGGCCCUUCAGGUGCCGUGGAAAGAGACAGAAUGCCACCAAACUUUAGAGACCCAUAUAGACCACCAUUUGAAGGCCCAGCUGGAUAUAGAGACGGAAUGCCACUUGUUCCAAAUGAAAUACCUGUACAUGGCCCCGAACAUCCUCGAUACCGGGAUAACUUUAGACCAGGAAAUUCGUAUCGAGAUCAAAGCGGCGUUCCAUAUAGAGAUGGUCAGCCAUAUCGUGAUGGUAAUUAUAGAGGUGGACCACCGCCCUACAGGGAUAACGCUUAUCGGAAUCAUCCAUACAGAGACGGUAAUUUCAGAGAUGCACCUCAUUUCCGUGAAGCUGGUGUACCGUUUAGACCCCCUAGUGCUGAUCCCAGAGAUCCAGGUCCAAUACCGUAUAUUGAUCCAAACUUCAGAGAUGGCUAUAGGGAUGAUAAUAAUUUAAACAGGGAAAUGAGACCACAUAUGCGUAGAGGUGGUUUUAGGCGGAAUAUUGAGCAUGAAAGACAUCGAGAACGGGAUGGAAGAGAGCGAGAUCGUGAACGCUAUAACGAGCCUUCUGAAAGAUCAGAAAGGCCAAAGGAUGAUAAGAGAUCAGGCUAUGGAGGACGAGAAAACAGAGAUGAUCGAGGAAGAGAAUACGAUAGAGCUCGUGAAUAUGAAAAAGAAAGGGAGAAAGCAUCUCCUGAGAAAAAGACACGUGGAUCCCCAAAACGCAGCCGUGAGGGGAGAGAAAAGAGACGUAGUGAAUCACGAGGUCGAUCAAGAGAACGAGACGGUAAACGUGAAAAGAAAGAGGAAAGAAGUCGUGACAAAUCGUCUUCUGAUAGAAUUAAAGAUCACAAGGAAAAAGAUAAAAAAGUGAAAGAUAGGAAAAAGAAGAAACGUGAAAAAGAGAAAGAAGUUGAAAAGAAAAAGAAACGUGACAAAAAAGAGAAAAAGGAUAAAGAGCCAAUCAAAAAAGACGAUGAAGAAGAUGGAGUUGACAAAGUUGAAACUGACAAACAAGAAAACUUACAAAAGUCUGAAGACAAAGAAGCUGGCGUCGAUGUUAAACAAGAAGGUGGCGAUAAAGAAAUUUCAUCAGAGCCACAAUCAAAUAAUACAGAGAAUGUUAAGGACGACUUGUAUGGUGACGAAGCAGCUGAAGCUGUAGAUAAGAAAAUAAUUGAAAACUACGUCAAAAGUGAUAAUGAUGAAAAACCUGAAAAUAAGGUUAGUGAUAUAAGUAAAGAAGAACCCUUUGAUGGUAUUGAAUUACAAGCAGCAACUGAUGAGUUAGAGGUAGACAUGGAAGCUAAUGCAGCAAAUAAAGAAAUGUUGGCACCGCUACCAGCAUUGUCCAAAUGGGAGGUAGAAGACGAAAACGCAGAGAAAGCCAAAGAGCCUGGAGAGAUAACAUCUCCUGAUGAGGAUGCGGAUGGUUCUAAGGUUACAUCCGAAGUCAUUAAGCGAGCCGAGAAUGCUAUCUUUGCUAAAGCAAUCAAUUCAUUAAGACCUAUAGAAAUCAAGAAAAUUAGCAGUGAUAGGCUCAAACUUUAUGGUGAUGAAAAUCAAUCUAAAGUAAAUGUAAACAAUAUUCAGAUAACUGUGCCUGUUACAACUGAAUCUGAACAAAGGUCUGUUGAGUCAAGUGAUCGGAAAAGAAAAUUUUCCAAAACACCACCUCCAAGGCUCUCUGUCAAGGAACGUUUAGGUGGCAAAAUAGAAGAUGUAAGACGGGUGAAAGAGCCUCGAGUUGUACACAGUACAGUUGAACGUGUAAAGUCGCGCUCUAAAACUCCGAGCCGGGAACACCAGCCCUACCGUAGAGUAACUGUAGAUAGGGAAAGAGACAGAGGUAGGAAAAAUGAAAACGUCGAAAGACGGACAGAGGGAAGACUUGAAAGUUUUACGCCUAAUAUUGAAGCUAAAAAGAAAACUCAGAAGUCGAGCAAGGAAGACAAAAGAAAUACUGGACAGGAGGCAGAUAAGAAAAGUCUUGAGGCCAAACCUGAUAGUGCCAUAAAGUCAGAACACGAGCGUAAGAAGUCUACAUUAGAUGAAUCACACUUUGAACCAGAUUACGAUGAAAAUGUGGAAUCUGAGACUGACGGAAAAGAUGAACUUGCAAAGAAACGCGAACGUUCUUUUGAACCAUCAGGUGUCAGUGAUUCUAAGAAACCUAAAAUCGAUACUGAUUCUAUUAAAUUGGACUUGACAAAUGUGAAGAAAAAGCGGGAAACGGACACUGAAUCAUCUAGUGAUUCUGACGAUUCCUCUUCGUCAUCAUCAUCGGAUGCUCGUAAACGCAAAAAGAAAAAGAAGCGUGCUAAAAAGAAGAAAAAGAAGGCUAGUGAUAGCGAAAGCGAGUCUGAUUCGAGCUCAGACGACCAUAAAAAGAAGAAAAAGAAACGUAAGCAUAAGAAGAAGUCAAGCAAGAAGAAGAAAAAAUCUAAGCAUAAAUAAGUUUAGUCACAAAGGUAUAAAUUUUACGUCAAUAUUAUGUUUUUACAAAUAUGUAGCUUCUGUCUAAUUUCAUUACAUAAAUGAAAUGUUUGGCUUUUAUAUAAUUAAGAUGUUUAAUUGAUGUGCGUUUUUCAAUAGGAAUAGUAAACACAUAUAAAUAAACAAUAAAGGUAUAUUAUACUU